AUCGCGAGAUUUCCGUGACGGCUAACGUUAACUAGCUUGCUGUGUCAACCACAGUUACACCGGUCGCGGUGAUCCACCUACAGCUGCAAACUUGCCUCCGGUAUUUUAUUUCUUAACGGGAAAAUUAAAAACUAACCACCCACGGAGAGGUGCUGUCUGUCGGCUUGAAGCGCCGUCACCGCCCCUGGGACUGUCCGCGGCUCUCGUCCUUUAAUCGGCCAGGUAUCAUCCAGCCUCAUCCAGCCCCACUGUGGAUCUUUAGCCCCUCCGUCAGGACAGUGGCAGAGGCAGAGGCAGAGCCAUCGGGGACCAGACCAGCAGGCACCAGGGCUCCAUGAGCGCGACGGGGCAGCAGCAAGGGGGGGCCUGCGUUCUCGCCGAGGCCUUGGCCGGGACAAAGGACCCUGGGCAGGGCAUGAGCAUGGAGGCGGCCUGCUGGCUUGCCCCCGGAGUGCUGCGCAGGCUGAUUGAGCUGCCCUCACCCCCCCUGUCCAGACACCAGCUCAAGAGACUGGAGGAGCACAGGUACAGCAGUGCUGGUCGUUCGCUGCUUGAGCCUCUGAUGCAGCGUUACUGGGAAUGGCUGGUGGGACGAGUCCCCUCCUGGAUCGCCCCCAACCUUAUCACCAUCAUCGGCCUGGCCACCAAUGUCUUCACCACCCUCGUGCUUGUCUACUACUGCCCGACUGCCACUGAACAGGCUCCUCUCUGGGCAUACCUGUUGUGUGCUGUGGGUCUGUUUAUUUACCAGUCACUGGACGCCAUUGAUGGGAAGCAGGCCAGACGCACCAAUAGCAGCUCUCCGCUGGGCGAGCUGUUCGACCACGGCUGCGACUCCCUCUCCACAGUGUUCGUGGUGUUGGGAACCAGUAUAGCCGUGCAACUGGGCACCAACCCGGACUGGAUGUUCUUCUGCUGCUUCGCUGGGAUGUUUAUGUUCUACUGUGCCCACUGGCAAACAUACGUGUCGGGAACGCUGCGGUUUGGCAUAUUUGACAUAACAGAGGUGCAGAUCUGUCUAGCAGGAUUACAGAUGGUCACAGCCACUGUGGGUCCCUGCCUGUGGAACAUGAUGAUUCCGAUCCUAAAUAUCCAGAUGAAAAUGGUUCCUGCCAUCUGCACGUUUUUAGGAGCCAUCUUUUCCUGCACCAAUUACUUCAGAGUUAUAUUUACAGGAGGCGUGGGCAAAAACGGAUCCACAAUAGCAGGAACCAGCGUCCUCUCUCCAGUCUUACAUAUUGGCUCAGUUAUAAUUUUGGCGAUGAUGAUAUACAAGAAGUCUGCUGUCCAGCUCUUUGAGAAACAUCCGUGUCUUUAUAUCCUGGCGUUUGGCUUCGUCUCAGCCAAAAUCACCAAUAAAUUAGUUGUAGCACAUAUGACAAAAAGUGAGAUGCAUCUUCACGAUUUAGCCUUCCUGGGACCAGGACUACUGUUCCUGGAUCAGUAUUUCAAUAGUUUUAUUGAUGAGUACCUGGUGCUGUGGAUUGCAUUGAUCAUUUCCUUGUUUGACUUGGUGCGUUACUGUGUCAGUGUUUGCAACCAGAUUGCCUGCCAUCUUCACAUUUUUGUUUUCAAAAUCAAGCCUUGUUCAGUCCUCAGUUCAGCUCCGCACUGAGGACACGCCGGCCAUUACUGACUCUGCCCCCCCACCCCACCUCCUUCCCCCCUUAGCCGCACUCAUCUUUUUCUUUCUUCCCUCUGUUUUCCACGUAGAGAUGCAGGGGGAUGACGUGUAAAAGUAUGUGCUUCUGCCAACUGAAUGUGAGGACAAAUAAUAUAUAUUAAGAUACUGGAGUAUUACUGUCAUUGUUUUCUUUUUUCACCAGUGCAGAGUUGAAUUUGUACCAGUUUCAUCUUCUGCCCCAGUAACAAUAAUUCUCCUUCUGACAAACUCAUGGUUACACAGAGCAAAUAUUUCAGGAGAGUACAGGUGCUACUCAGUAUGGUCAAGGAGAGAAACUUAAAAAGUGUGUUUUAACUGUUCAUGUGCAAGAAAAUGUAUAGGAAAUGAAUCAAACUCUUUGCUUUUCAUGAUUAUAAUUUUUGUAAUAUUUGCAUAACUUUACCUUUUUGCUAUUGUAAAUACCAAACUGUUACGGUGUCUGCUUCUCUUAAUUUAAAAAUCCUUCUUUGACACAUUUAUAAAAACCUUCCUUCGUGUGUAUGAUUUUAAAGGAACGACAUCUCCUGCACAUCACACGGUUUUGGAGGAAACUUAAUAUCAACGUUGUCACAUUUUUUUCUUUUACAUAUCCGAACAUACCUGCGACAUAUUUACUGCCAGUGUUUUUUCCGUCUCAUUUGUCAGCUGUAACCACUUAAAGGUUAAAGGUACACGUGGGAUUUUGGGCUGUGAUUCAAGACUGAGGAGGGGAUUUUAUAUUUACUUAUAAUCAUGUUAUAUAUUCAUUUUGAAGUCGGUGGUUUGGUUAAUGCUUCAUGGGGUGAGGCUUUCUUUAUAUGUUAUUAUUUUUGUUGUAAAUAGAUAAAGACACACUGUGUGCGCACAUGUAAGAGAAGUAUGUUCAGUGGAGAUCCACUUACUAACAUUCAGGGCUUUUCUAAUGCAGAUGAAAGGUUUGAAAGUGAGUAAGUGGACCUUUGAGGUCACAAAUGAACUUUUAUGUUAAGAUUUUCGCACAUUUUGCAGAUGAUGAAAACAAAGAUCAAGACAUUUUUAAAAGUGGCUGCUUUGACUCAGUUCUCAUUUCAACUUUAUUGAACGUUGCUGCUGCUGUUGUGUUACAGAUUGCUCCACUGUUACUCCUUUCCUUUCUCUCCAUCUGGAAUUAUUGUUUUAUAUUUUCACUAUCGUAAACAAAUCCCAUCAAAAGACCAAAACCAGCAAUGUAUUGGUUUCAUCUCUGACCUCUCUGCGCUGUCUGUGGCUCUUAGCUCCGAGCCAUCUGCUUGUCACUGAAGAAGUUUAAAAACACCUCACAGAUAUGUAGCUCGAUAAUAAGGCGAAACAUUUGCUCCCUGUGGUUUUUAAUAAAUGUCACUCAAACAGGAGGAAAUAGUGCCUUUACUGGGGACUAUUUUCGGCAGCAGGCUAAUACACAUUUGUUGCUCUAGUGUAUUUCAGUUACUACAGUGUGUGUUCAUUUUAAUGAAGGAUCAUGUCCUCCAGUUCACGCGGCUCACUGAUGUGUUUUUGGACAACAGUGGAGCUCAGGAUAAGCCAUACUGGUCUUUGGAUACUUAGUUCAUACUUGGUAAAUGUUUGGUCCAAUGUUUUCCAGACAAUUUUCUGGCAACUUUUCACAUAAUUUGACAAAAAUUAGCUGCUUUUGAGUUUUAAUUACUAGAAUGUUUCCAAGUAAGACCCACUCUAUUUAUUAUUAGGUAUAAGUGAAAUGAGAAAGCACUAGUUUCUACAGUUUAAGACUGUUUACAGUUUACAUUAAGUGCUCACUCAUUAUGUCAAGGUUUUUUUUUUGUUAGUGAGCAGAUGUAGGUAUCCGUUUCCUUGAAAGACAAAUUGCCGCACACUAUAGAUCUGGUUGGUAAAUAUUUUAAUUGACAUUUAAGCAGCAUACCUGUAGUUUUCAGCUGCAUUCCUGCCUUAACUUUGUGUUUUCAAACACUCCAUGCGUUAAAAUUUAAUUGACAUCAGUUAUACCUGCAGAUGUAGUAAAAUAAAGUGAUUCAGUGUGUGUAGCACAUUUUUCCAUUUAGGAUUGGUAUUAUUAUUAUUAGUAGUAGAGGUAGUAGUAUUUCUAGGAAGCGCUGAUAAAUAUUUACGUCUGUAAAUGAACAAUUUUUCACUUAGCUCCUACACAAUUCCCUCAUUUUCUUAAAAAAAAUCUUUGAUAACUGUCACAUCUAACAUUUUGUCCAUUUCCCUUAUAUUUGGUAACAGAUAGCGUGACACUACUCUUGGAAAUAUGCUUUGUAAUUAACACCUAAAUAGCAGCUAAUCUUUAGGAAAUGACAAGGAAAGUUUCCAGGUAUUUGUUAGUAGGAUCACUACAUUGCCAGUUGUCAUCUUUUCAUGGGAUUUGCUGACGGUCAUAAAGAUACGUAAUAUGACGGUUACUAAUGUGAACACCACACUCCCUCCUGUGUUGUCGUCGGAUGUUUCUAUUUAACUGAACCACUGUUUUAAAAAUAAGUUUAUUGUUAACACAGCAUGGUUGACAUUAAGUUUCCUCCCAAACCUCCACCUCCUCCACCUGCCGCAGCAGAACAGGUGACUGAAUGUACAGGAGAUGAUGAGGUCACAGUUUUUAAGGUGGUGACUGACGAGAAAUCAGAUCAAACUUUUGUCCCUUGGCAGUUAAUAAAAACCUGUUUAUUUGAAGUGUGGCUGCUGCUCGUUCUGCCUCCACGCCCACCACCGUCACCUCGAGUGUGUGUUUACUGUCGCUGCUUCUGUGGAGAUCCUGUAGUCGUGUGGAGAACCUAAACAGCAGAGAUUAGUUUCUUGCUUUUAUAUAUUGUGCCUGUUUUAUUUAUGUUUCACUGAACAGUUCCAUCUGCAGAGCCAGUACUGAGCCUCUAUGGUCUGUUUGAAAUGUUCAAGAAGAUCUAUAAUGUUGACUGAUUAAUUGAUUAAUGUUUAAUAGCUUCUGAGCAGUGGUUGUCUUAACUGGAGGAGUUCAGGUGCAGGGUGAUUUGGUCGUAAUUUACAGUUUUCUGAACACUUGAGAAAAAAAACUCUUGGUCGUUGGUUCAUUGAAGCUCGUUUCUGCCAACGUGAUGAAAACAAAUGAUCCUGAGUCAUUAUAAUGAGAAACUUAAUAAAGAAUCUAAAUAAAGACGUAAUAAAUAAUGACAAAGCUUUCCUAUAUCAACUGUUUCUGUUUUUUUUUUUUACAAUUACUUGCACAAUUUAUUCAUUUUUUAUCACAUUGGCAGAAAUCAGUUUCUAUUUUGGUUCAUAGGAAGAGAGACUUCCACACAGAAGUGUUAAAGGGACAUUUCACUCAAAUCACAAAAACAUUUGUCCUCUAAAAUACCUUGAGAAGGAAUAUUAGUCAAAUAUUAGGAAUAUUAUGAGAUUUAUAAAAGAUUCUGAAUCAUUGCAUAUUAUGAGAAUUUUGUCUUAAUUUUGAGGGAAAAUCAUAACCAAAAUAAAAUUGUAAUUUAGCAGAAAAAAGUCAUCAGAGUCAUAAUUUAUAGAGAAAAGUUGCUAUGUUAUAUAAUAAUGAAAUGUAUUGAAAAUAAAGCUGUUGGGGAGAAUAUAUCUAGUAUUUCCACAGUUAAUUUUACAGAAGAAUAAAUUGCACUCUUUACAUUUAAACUUGAAGAGUUACAAUAGAAAAUAGUUGUGAUUUUUGCAAGAAAAUUUUAAAUGAUGCAAAGUUACAAUAUUUUGAGAAAAAAAAAUCAUUACUGUGUGAGAAAAAAAAAGUACUGCUAUUGGGGGAAAAAAUAUUAACAAUAAAAAAUAGUAUACUAGGUGAAUAAAAUGAUUUUAUAAAAAAAAUGACAAAACAGUUGUAAUAGGUUAAGAAAAGAUAUUUAAAGACUAUAGUAAUAGUGAGAAAUAAACCAUAAUGUGAAAGUAAAGAUGCCGUUUUGGAGGAAAAAAUGUCAAAAAGUUACAAUAUUGUAAAAACUAUUGGGAAUGAAGGCAGAAAUCUCAGCUGUGAAGAUUUUAAACUCUACUCUGUAAAAUGAAAACCAUCUGCAUGACUGGACACUAACUAGGGUUUAGCAGUAAAAUAUUUUUGUUGUGAUUUGGGUGGACUGGCCCUUUAAGGAGCAGCUCAGUGUUGACAUAACUAGAUGUCCACACUCUGGGUGAAAAGGGAAAUGUACAUCAUACAUGAAGUAACAGUGUUGAGUACAAACAUUUCUCAAAUGUCACGUUCAGAUAUUUUUAUUUAUCCGUUUAUUUUCUACGGUGGAUGUCUCUGUACAGUCAUGUCUGUUCACUCAAAAUGAACUGAUGCAUGUGUAGAUAGUGUUGAACGGUUUGUACAGUUGGAGAGUCUUUGUAUGAACACAGAACUUUUCAUAACGACUCUGUGAGAUACAGCAUCAGCAGCCGGAGCUCGAUAGUGACUGAUGUCAGGUCGACUCACUCAUUAUUCCUAGUAAAUGUUUUGCCUUAAACAACUUUGUUUUUAAUUGUUUUGUACAGAGAUGAAGCCGUUAUCGACGAGCAUGUUGUCAGUGUGUGGGGUUUGUGUUAAAGUUUUUCAGACUGCCAAGCUCAGGUAUAUCACCAGUGUGCAGAGCGGUGUGUUCUUAGACAACUAUGGUAAAAACAAACAAGUCUCUCCUUCACCUGCCAAUGCAAAUAAAAUUUCAUACUCCCACCUGGAA